UUGCAUUGGAGGACCCGUACUGCUGGUGGAAGUGCACGCAGUUGUUACGACACAGUAUAAUAGCUUUUUAUCCUCCAGUUCCCAUCAACAAAGAUAGGCUCUAUCUCUCAAUGUUCCCAUAGUAGUGAGGAGUGUCAUGAGCAUGCACGUCUGGUGUUUCUCAGUACCUGCCUUGACGUCGCCAGCCCAGCUGGGGUAGAAUUAGCCCUCUCACACGACUUAAUUUAUUGACGAAGCAAUCAUGAAGUUCCUCUUGCCUCUGUUCCUUGCUGGUCUGCUGGGUGCCACCAACUCUCAGGUGCCUGAAGGCUGCAUUGACCCCCCUGGGAAUGGCGAGAUAGCUGACCUGGUGGUGAUGGCCAUAGAGGCUGCCCGGCCACUACUUGAGACUGGCAUCCCAUCCCUUGGCAUCCCCCCCAUUGAUCCCUUUGGCCCCAUCCCUCCUGUCAACUUUCACAUUGAUGUGAGCGGCCUCAGGAUGGAUGGGACUGUGUCUGAGACACAAGUGAGAAACCUUGCCCAGUUCUUCAUCUGCUCUCUCAACAUUUCUGUCGGCAUAUCACAGAAGUUUGCUGUUGAAUUCCGCCUUGAUAAUUUCCACAUGGAUGGGAUGUACGAUGUUGAUGGACUCAUCGCCGGCCUGUUCCCCGUUUUUGGGGAUGGAGGUUUCACGUUGGACACAUAUGACACAGGUUUCUCUGGAGGUGCCAAGGUGUCUUACAAUGUCUUCACUGAUCACAUUACCCUCAAGGAUCUCACCUUUGAUGUGUUCUUCAAGGACCUGAAGAUGGAGAUGGAAUGCAUAAAUGGCUGUGGUGACAUGUCUGACCUUAUCAAUGGGGUCGUCUCUCAGAUUGGACCAGCCGUCUUUCAAGCUGUGUGGAAUGCUAUUGAGCCACCUCUUGCCAGCCUGAUCCAGGAUGGCAUCAAUUACAUCCUCAAGAACAUUUCCAUCUCUGAUGUCAUUAAUCCUGAUCAGUUGGAUAAACUACACCCCAUGGACUUGGGUAAUGCCAAUGACUUUGUUGACUCCAUCAUGGGCGCUGUGAACAAUGCCAUUGUUGUAGCUGACCUGGAUCCUGCGCUGCUGCCGGAGACAAGCCUCAACCUGGGAGUGGGAGAGGCUGUUCUGUAUGAGGGCCAGGUGGAGGGUCUGUCAAAGAUGUAUCGUGGUGGCACCUGCACGCUGGACAAGGUGGCCAGCUGGGUGUUCCUCUAUGCUAACCUUGCUGAUGAGAACCUGCAAGUUCACUAUCAGGCUAAUGUCACCUCAGGCUCCACCACCUCAGUGGCCACAAUAGGCGCCUCUGUGAAGAUUGUAGAGGCUUAUUUGGUGGCACGAAAAGACACAUUUGGUCUCACCACAGACAUCGAUCAAUUCGUUGUCACUGAAUUUGGGAGGAUUGAUGUUGACAUUGAUGGUCUGGGACUCCUUGGAUUCAUGCUGGAGCCACUGACUGAGGGUGUGAUGAAUCUGGUGAGGGAUGAAAUCACUAAUAUACUGGAGACAGAAGUCAAAGACCUCCUGCAGGAUAUCCUUGGGGAGACACCCUGGCCAGCACUCUGACCGUCCUGACCGUCAUGCUUUCCACCAUGCAGUUUGGCAAUACACAAAUGCCAUUCUGGUAGUUAAUAAAUAUUUAGUGUCUGCUGCAUAUAUGAAGGGAACUGUGUCCCAUUUUAUAUCUCAAUGUGUAUUGUAUUUUCAAGACUUCAAGACACCAAGUCCUAAGACUUGGUGUCUUAGGCAUGCAUGAAAGAGAUUACAUAUAUUCCUUCUCCUGAAAUUUAAGGUUAUUACAUACUUGUUUCUUCCUUGCAUGAAGUUAGACUUUUCAUUCAAUUCUUGAUAGCUCAACCUUUGUUUGCCUUCCUACUUGCAUAGAACAUAUUGCACUGGCAGAUAAUAGUUGGCACACAUGUGUGUUCAGAGUCAGAUUAUGGAUGUAGCAUUGCUUCCUUUGUGUGACAUCAGGCAUUCCAUGAAAGUUUCACUUGUAUUAAUACUCUGCAAGAUUAUGUUUAUUUUGAUCAAUAAAUCCAGGUUUUUUUGUGUUGUCUAUUUCUUGUUGAAAUAGUUAUAAGAUCUCAUUAUAAGUAGUUUUCCCUUCUAUAUAGUACUUUGGAGUAUUAUAAUUUAGUUCUUUAUCUCACUUCAUUGAAUAAUCCUUUUCUAUGACCUGUUAAUUCUGUGCUUUCCACUGUAUACUGUAUACUGUAUAUCCAUGCUGGGAUAUACAGUAGAACAACCACCUUGAAUAUCACCAACUUAUUCUAGUGUCAUCAUUCAGGCUUGGUCUUCAGAUGGCUGUGUGACUUGGAUUUUACAUUCAGUUUGCAGUUUUCUUCACCUUCUGUUCAAGGAGGUGUUUGUGAGUGAAAUAAAAGGUAUGAAUAAUAGCGGAAGCUUUGCUUUAAUAAUAAAAAUAAAAAUAAC